AUGGACAGUCCAUUCUACGCGGAUAACCACUCAUCCGGAAGCAGCCGAGUCAGGCCGCGAGGCAACCGCGGAGCACACCAUGGCCGAGCUGGAGGAAACCGCGACCGAGGAAAUGAUUAUCCUGCCAGAAAUAAUUACCGACGUGAAGGUGGACGACCUCUACGACCAGUCCAGGAACGACGAGAAGCCGAACUGGCUAGAGGACGAAACGAUAACGAUCUAGGAGGCAUGAAGCUGCGGAUUUCCGCUCUCUACGGAAAGAACGACCCAGAUGCUUUUCUGGAAUGGGAAAAGAAGGUUGAUAUCGUUUUCAACUGCCAAGACCUAUCGGAGAGGAAGAAGAUCAACCUGGCGGCUUCCGAGUUCAAUGGCUAUGCCAUAGACUGGUGGGACCAGAUCGUGACCUGUCGACAUAGAAAUGGAGAGCAACCGGUGGAGACAUGGGAUGAGAUGGCUACUCUCAUGCGACAGCGGUUCAUUCCAUCUCACUAUCAUCGGGAUCUACAUACCAAGCUUCGGAGACUUACGCAAGGAACCAAAUCUGUGGAGGACUACCACCAAGAAAUAGAGCGAUUAAUGCUCAAGGCCGAUGAUCGUAUGGAGUUACAAGAGUAUAACGAUAUGGCCGAGAUGUUACACAAGGCAGUUUUGGUGGAACAGCAAAUUAAACGAAAGGGCACAAGUCGUUAUACCCCUGUAACCAGUUCACGACCGACCUACCGAGACGACAAGGCAGCCUAUCCAUCGCGUUCUAACAAUCAACCGAGGACGGACACCAGACCGAACCAGAAUAUAGGCAAGACCGAGGUCAACUCAUCCAGGACGCGUGACAUCGAGUGUUUUAAGUGUCGGGGUAAAGGACACUACGCCAAUAAGUGUCCAAACCAGCGGGCAAUGCUUAUGCUCGACACCGGAGAGAUAGUGUCCGAUCAUGAGGAGGAGACCGAACCGGUCUAUGAUGAAGAGGAGACCGAGGAGCGAGCUGUUUCUGGAGAGCUACUUGUAGCUUGGCGGGUUCUAAUAGCACAAGAACGGAUCAAGGAGGAAGACCAGCGGGAAAACUUGUUUCACACCCAGUGCCUGGUCCAAGGAAAAGUGUGCAGCCUGAUAAUUGAUGGAGGAAGUUGCACCAACGUGGCCAGUACCAGCAUGGUCGACAAGCUGGGUUUGGAAACCCGUAAGCACCCCCACCGCUACAACUUACGGUGGCUCAACAACCAGAGGCAACUAAAGGUAACUAAGCAAGUCACCGUACCCAUUUCCAUCGGACGAUAUGAGGACGAGGUCGUCUGCGAUGUCCUUCCCAUGGAGGUCGGUCAUUUACUUCUAGGACGGCCGUGGCAGUUCGACAAGAAGGCGAUCCAUGACGGUUUUUCUAACAAGCAUACCUUUGAACACCAAGGCCGUAAGAUCGUCCUAGCACCCUUGUCACCACACGAGGUCUAUCUUGACCAGGUCAAGCUGGAGCAAAACUCCAAAGGUAAAAACUUCUUGAGUGAUCCCCAAAACACUUUACAUCAAAAAAGAGAGUCUGAGAAAAACCUAGAAAUGGCCUGUGAGGGAAAUCCCGUGAGCAAAGAAUCAUUUCUUGUGAGGCCUAGCGAGGUGAAAUAUGCCUUGGCUACAAAGCAAUCUUUUGUUCUACUCAUCUUUAAAGACGCUUUGGCUAGCCAUACUAACCCUGAGCCGGUCUUACCGAGCAAGAUCUCUCAUGUUAUGCAGGAGUUCGCCGAUGUCUUCCCGGAAGACGAUCCAGGUGGUUUACCACCCAUCUGA